AUGGAUUCAUCAGGUUGGUGGAUUAUAAGUGGUAAUUAUAAUGGAUUGUAAUUGUCUACUUGCGAUGGUUCGAGAUUAUUUGGAGGAUUUAAUGCAUUUGCAGCCAAUACAAUAAUAUCUAAGCACUUUUCAUUACCUUCUCAUUACUAAAUCAAAGUUUCCUUUGAACUUUGGAAAAUUGAUAGUUGGGAUGAUGAAACUAUCUUUAUUUUUGUGGAUGAUAAUCUAACGACAAGAAAAUAUCUUCCUAAUGCUGGAAUCGAAUUAUGUGGAGUGGGAGAGAACUAUGCAUGGUAUGAGAUAGCUGUACCUAUUACAAUUUAAAUGUAUCAUAGUUCAGAAACAUUAAUGGUAAUAAUGACCACAAAUCUUGAUGAACCUCCUGCUACAGAAAGUUGGGGACUUAGAGACUUUAAGUUGCAAGUAGUGAAAUGUCCUUCGGGAUGUUAAUAUUGUUCAGACAAUGAUUAUAAUAAUUGUUAUUAAUGGAUUGGUAUUAUAUCAUUGUGGCAUGAAUCAAUUUUACUUGAUGGAUGGAUGAAAAAUGAUAAUUUCUAACCUGCAACAUCUUAAUGUGUAACUUUUAAUCUUGUUGGAGGAUAUCUUAAUUUAGCACCAAAUGAUAAAUUAGAAACAAUUAUAGAUUUAAGCCUUCAUUCUCAUUUUUAAGUUUAAAUAACUGUAUAACUUUGGAAAAUUGAUAUUUGGAAUAAUGAAAACUUUUAGUUAUUGGUAGAUGAUUAAAUUUAGAAUUAAGCUGUUUUAUCUACUACAGGUACUUAUUCUAUUUGUGGAUCUACUGGAUAAGAAAAUAUAUAUAAUAUUGUAGUUAAUUUACCUCAUACAUCAUCAUCAUGUAAAAUAACAAUGCAGACCAAUCAUAAUGUAGCAACUACAAAUGCAUAUUGGGGAAUAAGGGCAUUCAAUAUUUAUCUUGCAAAAUGUUAAAAUGGUUGUGAUGAAUGUGUUGGUCCUUUAAAAACAGAAUUUACUGUUUGUUCAAGUGGGUGGGAGUUUUACGAUAAUAUAUGCACUAAUUCUUCUCCGAUGUUGGGUAUAACCAUCCGAAUUACUUAAAUUAAAGAUCCAAAGUCACAUGAAAGGAUUCCUAUGGAGAUCAAUCUAUUAGAAACUAAUUAAUAAAUAGUCACUUAAGGAACAUUUACAUAUACAAUUAAUAAUAAUAUAUCAAUAUUGAAUAUUAGAGUCUAUGCAAAAUGCUAUCCUAAUAAAAAAAUGAAAAGUUAUUUUAUAAAAUGCUUCGAAUGUUAACCUUAAAACUAAUAUUAGUUUUAGCAUUAUUGUUAUGGAGCUAUAAAUUCUAUAAUUUACAAUGCCAGAUUUCAAUAAACUACAGGUUCAGAAUAAGAGUUGAUAAUAAAUACAUCUGAUACCGAAUGUUCAAUUUAUUAAGUAGUAAAUGUUGGAAGCGAGUUACUUCAAAUUAAACUAUUAGAAAUUUUAUAACUAGAUAUUUGA